UCUACGACAACAUCAGUUUUCUCACUUUAAUUAAAUUGUUCUGUUUUCCUGCUUUGAAUUUAUGGCAUUCUGUUACUGGGAUUGACAGAUUGAUUAUGUGCUUCUUUUUAUAAUUAUUAUUAUUUUUUAAUUCAUUUUUUAUUUACUUUUUUUUUUUUGCAAAUACCUGUGUGAGACACAUGGUCUAUUACAUGGAGUUUUGUCAUAAAAAUAUUAACAUCACAGUACACAACAACUCAACCUACUUCUUGUUCUUGCAGUACUACCUUCUAACUACGUGAUUGACAUUGACGUGAGAUUCUUUGACUUGUUCGUGGUGAACUACUUACGAAAUAUCAUCAGAAAUAUCAGCCUGCCUUUGACUCUGAGCAACAGCAUAAAUGUCACAGAUAUCGACAUGACUACUGGUGAGAGCAGAAUGUUUCAUCAUGUCACAUACUAACAUGAGUUCAGUAUUAGGACAAAUUGACAAUUUGAACACAGAUUAAUAAAUCCUAUUCUAUUACAGUGUGUGGGUUAAAUGGAACAGAAUAUGAGUGCAAGUGUGAGGAGCAUCAUGUUUGGCCCAAUGACACCUGCAGGGCCUAUCAGGUGUGUGAUGGCAUUGUGGGAGGCACUUGUGGAUGUAUUCAAGCUCUCCCUUCACAGGGUCCGCUUUGCCAGAGAGACAUCAAUGAAUGUGAAGAUGCAGUGUCAGUUUGUGGUCAAUACUCAGAUUGUAUUAACAUCAUUGGGAGUCACAUGUGUUCAUGCUGGAGUGGAUUUAAUACCUCCAAUAAAGACAGUCCUGUGAGCCGCAACAACUCAUGUCAGGAUAUAAAUGAAUGUAUGUUCAGUCCAUCUGUAUGUGGUCCAAAUUCCAUCUGUGCAAAUGAAAUGGGAAGUUACAAUUGUUCGUGUUUGGAUGGAUUCACUGCAGCAAACUCAAGUCUCACCAUCAGCAUCAAUAACACAUGUAGAGAUGUGAAUGAAUGUCUAAACACAUCAGUGUUCUGUGGUCCAAACUCUCAUUGCACCAACCUAUCUGGGAGUUACAACUGUUCCUGCUUGAGUGGGUUUACUGUAACAAAUAUGAAUAAACCUGUCAGCAUCAGUAACCCAUGCAAUGUGACUCUACCUUUGACUGAAUAUCUGAUUGAAAUUCAGAUCAAUAGUGUGGAUAGUAGCAUCACUGAUCAGCUGAGGACCCUUCUGAUGUCUUUUAAUUUGCCCUACAUAAUCAGUGACAGCACUAACAUUACAGAAAUCAACAUAACUACUGUGUGUUCAUUGAACCAAACGCAGUAUCAGUGUAAAUGCGAGGGUCUGUUUGUUUGGCCGAAUGACACGUGUCACUCAUACGAGGCCUGUGGUGUCAUCACUGAUGGUUCAUGUACAUGUAUCAAUGCCCUUCCAGUCGAUGGACAGUUCUGUCAAGUACUACCUUCUAAGUACAUGAUUGACAUUGACGUGAGAUUCUUUGACUUGUUCGUGGUGAACUACUUACGAAAUAUCAUCAGAAAUAUCAGCCUGCCUUUGACUCUGAGCAACAGCAUAAAUGUCACAGAUAUAGACAUGACUACUGUGUGUGGGUUAAAUGGAACAGAAUAUGAGUGCAAGUGUGAGGAGCAUCAUGUUUGGCCCAAUGACACCUGCAGGGCUUAUCAGGUGUGUGAUGGCAUUGUGGGAGGCACUUGUGGAUGUAUUCAAGCUCUCCCUUCACAGGGUCCGCUUUGCCAGAGAGACAUCAAUGAAUGUGAAGAUGCAGUGUCAGUUUGUGGUCAAUACUCAGAUUGUAUUAACAUCAUUGGGAGUCACAUGUGUUCAUGCUGGAGUGGAUUUAAUACCUCCAAUAAAGACAGUCCUGUGAGCCGCAACAACUCAUGUCAGGAUAUAAAUGAAUGUAUGUUCAGUCCAUCUGUAUGUGGUCCAAAUUCCAUCUGUGCAAAUGAAAUGGGAAGUUACAAUUGUUCGUGUUUGGAUGGAUUCACUGCAGCAAACUCAAGUCUCACCAUCAGCAUCAAUAACACAUGUAGAGAUGUGAAUGAAUGUCUAAACACAUCAGUGUUCUGUGGUCCAAACUCUCGUUGCACCAACCUAUCUGGGAGUUACAACUGUUCCUGCUUGAGUGGGUUUACUGUAACAAAUAUGAAUAAACCUGUCAGCAUCAGUAACCCAUGCAAUGUGACUCUACCUUUGACUGAAUAUCUGAUUGAAAUUCAGAUCAAUAGUGUGGAUAGUAGCAUCACUGAUCAGCUGAGGACCCUUCUGAUGUCUUUUAAUUUGCCCUACAUAAUCAGUGACAGCACUAACAUUACAGAAAUCAACAUAACUACUGUGUGUUCAUUGAACCAAACGCAGUAUCAGUGUAAAUGCGAGGGUCUGUUUGUUUGGCCGAAUGACACGUGUCACUCAUACGAGGCCUGUGGUGUCAUCACUGAUGGUUCAUGUACAUGUAUCAAUGCCCUUCCAGUCGAUGGACAGUUCUGUCAAGUACUACCUUCUAAGUACAUGAUUGACAUUGACGUGAGAUUCUUUGACUUGUUCGUGGUGAACUACUUACGAAAUAUCAUCAGAAAUAUCAGCCUGCCUUUGACUCUGAGCAACAGCAUAAAUGUCACAGAUAUAGACAUGACUACUGUGUGUGGGUUAAAUGGAACAGAAUAUGAGUGCAAGUGUGAGGAGCAUCAUGUUUGGCCCAAUGACACCUGCAGGGCUUAUCAGGUGUGUGAUGGCAUUGUGGGAGGCACUUGUGGAUGUAUUCAAGCUCUCCCUUCACAGGGUCCGCUUUGCCAGAGAGACAUCAAUGAAUGUGAAGAUGCAGUGUCAGUUUGUGGUCAAUACUCAGAUUGUAUUAACAUCAUUGGGAGUCACAUGUGUUCAUGCUGGAGUGGAUUUAAUACCUCCAAUAAAGACAGUCCUGUGAGCCGCAACAACUCAUGUCAGGAUAUAAAUGAAUGUAUGUUCAGUCCAUCUGUAUGUGGUCCAAAUUCCAUCUGUGCAAAUGAAAUGGGAAGUUACAAUUGUUCGUGUUUGGAUGGAUUCACUGCAGCAAACUCAAGUCUCACCAUCAGCAUCAAUAACACAUGUAGAGAUGUGAAUGAAUGUCUAAACACAUCAGUGUUCUGUGGUCCAAACUCUCAUUGCACCAACCUAUCUGGGAGUUACAACUGUUCCUGCUUGAGUGGGUUUACUGUAACAAAUAUGAAUAAACCUGUCAGCAUCAGUAACCCAUGCAAUGUGACUCUACCUUUGACUGAAUAUCUGAUUGAAAUUCAGAUCAAUAGUGUGGAUAGUAGCAUCACUGAUCAGCUGAGGACCCUUCUGAUGUCUUUUAAUUUGCCCUACAUAAUCAGUGACAGCACUAACAUUACAGAAAUCAACAUAACUACUGUGUGUUCAUUGAACCAAACGCAGUAUCAGUGUAAAUGCGAGGGUCUGUUUGUUUGGCCGAAUGACACGUGUCACUCAUACGAGGCCUGUGGUGUCAUCACUGAUGGUUCAUGUACAUGUAUCAAUGCCCUUCCAGUCGAUGGACAGUUCUGUCAAGUACUACCUUCUAAGUACAUGAUUGACAUUGACGUGAGAUUCUUUGACUUGUUCGUGGUGGACUACUUACGAAAUAUCGUCAGAAAUAUCAGCCUGCCUUUGACUCUGAGCAACAGCAUAAAUGUCACAGAUAUAGACAUGACUACUGUGUGUGGGUUAAAUGGAACAGAAUAUGAGUGCAAGUGUGAGGAGCAUCAUGUUUGGCCCAAUGACACCUGCAGGGCCUAUCAGGUGUGUGAUGGCAUUGUGGGAGGCACUUGUGGAUGUAUUCAAGCUCUCCCUUCACAGGGUCCGCUUUGCCAGAGAGACAUCAAUGAAUGUGAAGAUGCAGUGUCAGUUUGUGGUCAAUACUCAGAUUGUAUUAACAUCAUUGGGAGUCACAUGUGUUCAUGCUGGAGUGGAUUUAAUACCUCCAAUAAAGACAGUCCUGUGAGCCGCAAUAACUCAUGUCAGGAUAUAAAUGAAUGUAUGUUCAGUCCAUCUGUAUGUGGUCCAAAUUCCAUCUGUGCAAAUGAAAUGGGAAGUUACAAUUGUUCGUGUUUGGAUGGAUUCACUGCAGCAAACUCAAGUCUCACCAUCAGCAUCAAUAACACAUGUAGAGAUGUGAAUGAAUGUCUAAACACAUCAGUGUUCUGUGGUCCAAACUCUCAUUGCACCAACCUAUCUGGGAGUUACAACUGUUCCUGCUUGAGUGGGUUUACUGUAACAAAUAUGAAUAAACCUGUCAGCAUCAGUAACCCAUGCAAUGUGACUCUACCUUUGACUGAAUAUCUGAUUGAAAUUCAGAUCAAUAGUGUGGAUAGUAGCAUCACUGAUCAGCUGAGGACCCUUCUGAUGUCUUUUAAUUUGCCCUACAUAAUCAGUGACAGCACUAACAUUACAGAAAUCAACAUAACUACUGUGUGUUCAUUGAACCAAACGCAGUAUCAGUGUAAAUGCGAGGGUCUGUUUGUUUGGCCGAAUGACACGUGUCACUCAUACGAGGCCUGUGGUGUCAUCACUGAUGGUUCAUGUACAUGUAUCAAUGCCCUUCCAGUCGAUGGACAGUUCUGUCAAGUACUACCUUCUAAGUACAUGAUUGACAUUGACGUGAGAUUCUUUGACUUGUUCGUGGUGAACUACUUACGAAAUAUCAUCAGAAAUAUCAGCCUGCCUUUGACUCUGAGCAACAGCAUAAAUGUCACAGAUAUCGACAUGACCACUGUGUGUGGGUUAAAUGGAACAGAAUAUGAGUGCAAGUGUGAGGAGCAUCAUGUUUGGCCCAAUGACACCUGCAGGGCCUAUCAGGUGUGUGAUGGCAUUGUGGGAGGCACUUGUGGAUGUAUUCAAGCUCUCCCUUCACAGGGUCCGCUUUGCCAGAGAGACAUCAAUGAAUGUGAAGAUGCAGUGUCAGUUUGUGGUCAAUACUCAGAUUGUAUUAACAUCAUUGGGAGUCACAUGUGUUCAUGCUGGAGUGGAUUUAAUACCUCCAAUAAAGACAGUCCUGUGAGCCGCAAUAACUCAUGUCAGGAUAUAAAUGAAUGUAUGUUCAGUCCAUCUGUAUGUGGUCCAAAUUCCAUCUGUGCAAAUGAAAUGGGAAGUUACAAUUGUUCGUGUUUGGAUGGAUUCACUGCAGCAAACUCAAGUCUCACCAUCAGCAUCAAUAACACAUGUAGAGAUGUGAAUGAAUGUCUAAACACAUCAGUGUUCUGUGGUCCAAACUCUCAUUGCACCAACCUAUCUGGGAGUUACAACUGUUCCUGCUUGAGUGGGUUUACUGUAACAAAUAUGAAUAAACCUGUCAGCAUCAGUAACCCAUGCAAUGUGACUCUACCUUUGACUGAAUAUCUGAUUGAAAUUCAGAUCAAUAGUGUGGAUAGUAGCAUCACUGAUCAGCUGAGGACCCUUCUGAUGUAUUUUAAUUUGCCCUACAUAAUCAGUGACAGCACUAACAUUACAGAAAUCAACAUAACUACUGUGUGUUCAUUGAACCAAACGCAGUAUCAGUGUAAAUGCGAGGGUCUGUUUGUUUGGCCGAAUGACACGUGUCACUCAUACGAGGCCUGUGGUGUCAUCACUGAUGGUUCAUGUACAUGUAUCAAUGCCCUUCCAGUCGAUGGACAGUUCUGUCAAGUACUACCUUCUAAGUACAUGAUUGACAUUGACGUGAGAUUCUUUGACUUGUUCGUGGUGAACUACUUACGAAAUAUCAUCAGAAAUAUCAGCCUGCCUUUGACUCUGAGCAACAGCAUAAAUGUCACAGAUAUAGACAUGACUACUGUGUGUGGGUUAAAUGGAACAGAGUAUGAGUGCAAGUGUGAGGAGCAUCAUGUUUGGCCCAAUGACACCUGCAGGGCUUAUCAGGUGUGUGAUGGCAUUGUGGGAGGCACUUGUGGAUGUAUUCAAGCUCUCCCUUCACAGGGUCCGCUUUGCCAGAGAGACAUCAAUGAAUGUGAAGAUGCAGUGUCAGUUUGUGGUCAAUACUCAGAUUGUAUUAACAUCAUUGGGAGUCACAUGUGUUCAUGCUGGAGUGGAUUUAAUACCUCCAAUAAAGACAGUCCUGUGAGCCGCAACAACUCAUGUCAGGAUAUAAAUGAAUGUCUGUUCAGUCCAUCUAUAUGUGGUCCAUAUUCCAACUGCACAAAUGAAAUAGGAAGUUACAAUUGCUCAUGUUUGGAUGGAUUCACUGCAACAAACUCCAGUCUCACCAUCAGCAUCAAUAACACAUGUAGAGAUGUGGAUGAAUGUGUUGAGAGAUCAGAUGUCUGUGGUCCAAACUCAAUCUGCAACAACACUGUUGGGAGUCACAAUUGCUCGUGCAAGAGUGGAUAUAAUGUAACAGACCCAAACCUCCCUAUAAACAGCAAUAACACAUGCAAAGAUAUAGAUGAAUGUCUGUUCAGUCCAUCUGUAUGUGGUCCAUAUUCCAACUGCACAAAUAAAAUAGGAGGUUACAAUUGCUCAUGUUUGGAUGGAUUCACUGCAACAAACUCCAGUCUCACCAUCAGCAUCAAUAACACAUGUAGAGAUAUAGAUGAAUGUCUGUUCAGUCCACCUCUAUGUGGUCCAUAUUCCAACUGCACAAAUGAAAUAGGAAGUUACAAUUGCUCAUGUUUGGAUGGAUUCACUGUAACAAACUCCAGUCUCACCAUCAGCAUCAAUAACACAUGUAGAGAUGUGGAUGAAUGUGUUGAGAGAUCAGACGUCUGUGGUCCAAACUCAAUCUGCAACAACACUGUUGGGAGUUACAAUUGCUCGUGCAAGAGUGGAUAUAAUGUAACAGAUCCAAACCUCCCUAUAAACAGCAAUAACACAUGCAAAGAUAUAGAUGAAUGUCUGUUCAGUCCAUCGAUAUGUGGUCCUGAUUCCAACUGCACAAAUGAAAUAGGAAGUUACAAUUGCUCAUGUUUGGAUGGAUUCAUUGUAACAAACUCCAGUCUAACUAUCAGCAUCAAUAACACUUGUAGAGAUGUGGAUGAAUGUGUUGAGAGAUCAGACAUCUGUGGUCCAAACUCAAUCUGCAACAACACUGUUGGGAGUCACAAUUGCUCAUGCAAGAGUGGAUAUAAUGUAACAGAUCCAAACCUCCCUAUAAACAGCAAUAACACAUGCAAAGAUAUAGAUGAAUGUCUGAUCAGGCCAUCUGUAUGUGGUCCAUAUUCCAACUGCACAAAUGAAAUAGGAAGUUACAAUUGCUCAUGUUUGGAUGGAUUCACUGCAACAAACUCCAGUCUCACCAUCAGCAUCAAUAACACAUGUAGAGAUAUAGAUGAAUGUCUGUUCAGUCCACCUCUAUGUGGUCCAUAUUCCAACUGCACAAAUGAAAUAGGAAGUUACAAUUGCUCAUGUUUGGAUGGAUUCACUGUAACAAACUCCAGUCUCACCAUCAGCAUCAAUAACACAUGUAGAGAUGUGGAUGAAUGUGUUGAGAGAUCAGACGUCUGUGGUCCAAACUCAAUCUGCAACAACACUGUUGGGAGUUACAAUUGCUCGUGCAAGAGUGGAUAUAAUGUAACAGAUCCAAACCUCCCUAUAAACAGCAAUAACACAUGCAAAGAUAUAGAUGAAUGUCUGGUCAGUCCACCUCUAUGUGGUCCAUAUUCCAACUGCACAAAUGAAAUAGGAAGGUACAAUUGCUCAUGUUUGGAUGGAUUCACUGUAACAAAUUCAAGUCUCACCAUCAGCAUCAAUAACACAUGUAGAGAUGUGGAUGAAUGUGUUGAGAGAUCAGAUGUCUGUGGUCCAAACUCAAUCUGCAACAACACUGUUGGGAGUUACAAUUGCUCGUGCAUGAGUGGAUAUAAUGUAACAGAUUCAAACCUCCCUAUAAACAGCAGUAACCCAUGCAAAGAUAUUUAUGAAUGUCUUGACUCAGUAUCAGUAUGUGGGCCAAAUUCUUACUGUUACAAUUACAAUGGAAGUUUCUCGUGCUUGUGUUGGCAAGGAUAUAACGUCUCAGAUGGAAAUAAGGAGAUUACCAAAAGUAACCCAUGCAUCGAUAUAGAUGAAUGUCUGUUCAGUCCAUCUGUAUGUGGUCCAUAUUCCAACUGCACAAAUGAAAUAGGAAGGUACAAUUGCUCAUGUUUGGAUGGAUUCACUGCAACAAACUCCAGUCUCACUAUCAGCAUCAAUAACACAUGUAGAGAUGUGGAUGAAUGUGUUGAGAGAUCAGACGUCUGUGGUCCAAACUCAAUCUGCAACAACACUGUUGGGAGUUACAAUUGCUCGUGCAAGAGUGGAUAUAAUGUAACAGAUCCAAACCUCCCUAUAAACAGCAGUAACCCAUGCAGAGAUAUUCAUGAAUGUCUUGACUCACCAUCAGUAUGUGGGCCGAACUCUAACUGUUAUAAUUACAAUGGAAGCUUCUCAUGCUUUUGUUGGAAUGGAUAUAAUGUCACAGAUGGUAAUCAAGCUAUUAAUAAAAACAACCCAUGCAUCGAUACAGAUGAAUGUCUGAUCAGUCCAUCUUUAUGUGGUCCAAAUUCCAACUGCACGAAUGAAAUGGGAAGUUACAAUUGCUCAUGUUUGGAUGGAUUCACUGCAACAAACUCAAAUCUCACCGUCAGCAACAAUAACACAUGUAGAGAUGUGGAUGAAUGUGUUGAGAGAUCAGACAUCUGUGGUCCAAACUCAAUCUGCAACAACACUGUUGGGAGUUACAAUUGCUCAUGCAAGAGUGGAUAUAAUGUAACGGACCCAAACCUCCCUAUAAACAGCAAUAACACAUGCAAAGAUAUAGAUGAAUGUCUGUUCAGUCCAUCUGUAUGUGGCCCAAAUUCCAACUGCACAAAUGAAAUAGGAAGUUACAAUUGCUCAUGUUUGGAUGGAUUCACUGCAACAAACUUCAGUUUCACUAUCAGUAUCAAUAACACAUGUAGAGAUGUGGAUGAAUGUGUUGAGAGAUCAGACAUCUGUGGUCCAAACUCAAUCUGCAACAACACUGUUGGGAGUUACAAUUGCUCGUGCAAGAGUGGAUAUAAUGUAACAGAUCCAAACCUCCCUAUAAACAGCAAUAACACAUGCAGAGAUAUAGAUGAAUGUCUGUUCAGUCCAUCUAUAUGUGGUCCAUAUUCCAACUGCACAAAUGAAAUAGGAAGGUACAAUUGCUCAUGUUUGGAUGGAUUCAUUGUAACAAACUCAAAUCUCACCAUCAGCAUCAAUAACACAUGUAGAGAUGUGGAAGAAUGUGUUGAGAGAUCAGACGUCUGUGGUCCAAACUCAAUCUGCAACAACACUGUUGGGAGUUACAAUUGCUCGUGCAAGAGUGGAUAUAAUGUAACAGACCCAAACCUCCCUAUAAGCAGCAAUAACACAUGCAAAGAUAUAAAUGAAUGUCUGUUCAGUCCAUCUGUAUGUGGUCCUGAUUCCAACUGCACAAAUGAAAUAGGAAAUUACGAUUGCUCAUGUUUGGAUGGAUUCACUGCAACAAACUCAAAUCUCACUGUCAGCAUCAAUAACACAUGUAGAGAUGUGGAUGAAUGUGUUGAGAGAUCAGACAUCUGUGGUCCAAACUCAAUCUGCAACAACACUGUUGGGAGUUACAAUUGCUCGUGCAAGAGUGGAUAUAAUGUAACAGAUCCAAACCUCCCUAUAAACAGCAAUAACACAUGCAAAGAUAUAGAUGAAUGUCUAGUCAGUCCAUCUGUAUGUGGUCCUGAUUCCAACUGCACAAAUGAAAUAGGAAGGUACAAUUGCUCAUGUUUGGAUGGAUUCACUGCAACAAACUCAAAUCUCACCAUCAGCAUCAAUAACACAUGUAGAGAUGUGGAUGAAUGUGUUGAGAGAUCAGACAUCUGUGGUCCAAACUCAAUCUGCAACAACACUGUUGGGAGUUACAAUUGCUCGUGCAAGAGUGGAUAUAAUGUAACAGAUCCAAACCUCCCUAUAAACAGCAGUAACACAUGCAAAGAUAUAGAUGAAUGUCUGUUUAGUCCAUCUGUAUGUGGCCCAAAUUCCAACUGCACAAAUGAAAUAGGAAGGUACAAUUGCUCAUGUUUGGAUGGAUUCACUGCAACAAACUCAAAUCUCACCAUCAGCAUCAAUAACACAUGUAGAGAUGUGGAUGAAUGUGUUGAGAGAUCAGACAUCUGUGGUCCAAACUCAAUCUGCAACAACACUGUUGGGAGUUACAAUUGCUCGUGCAAGAGUGGAUAUAAUGUAACAGAUCCAAACCUCCCUAUAAACAGCAAUAAAACAUGCAAAGAUAUAGAUGAAUGUCUGUUCAGUCCAUCUGUAUGUGGUCCAUAUUCCAACUGCACAAAUGAAAUAGGAAGUUACAAUUGCUCAUGUUUGGAUGGAUUCAUUGUAACAAACUCCAGUCUCACCAUCAGCAUCAAUAACACUUGUAGAGACGUGGAUGAAUGCUUUGAGAGAUCAGAUGUCUGUGGUCCAAACUCAAUCUGCAACAACACUGUUGGGAGUUACAAUUGCUCGUGCAAAAGUGGAUAUAAUGUAACAGAUCCAAACCUCCCUAUAAACAGCAAUAACACAUGCAAAGAUAUAGAUGAAUGUCUGUUCAGUCCAUCUGUAUGUGGUCCAUAUUCCAACUGCACAAAUGAAAUAGGAAGUUACAAUUGCUCAUGUUUGGAUGGAUUCACUGUAACAAACUCCAGUCUCACCAUCAGCAUCAAUAACACAUGUAGAGAUGUGGAUGAAUGUGUUGAGAGAUCAGACAUCUGUGGUCCAAACUCAAUCUGCAACAACACUGUUGGGAGUCACAAUUGCUCGUGCAAGAGUGGAUAUAAUGUAACAGACCCAAACCUCCCUAUAAACAGCAAUAACACAUGCAAAGAUAUAAAUGAAUGUCUGUUCAGUCCAUCUGUAUGUGGUCCAUAUUCCAACUGCACAAAUGAAAUAGGAAGUUACAAUUGCUCAUGUUUGGAUGGAUUCAUUGUAACAAACUCAAAUCUCACCAUCAGCAUCAAUAACACAUGUAGAGAUGUGGAUGAAUGUGUUGAGAGAUCAGACAUCUGUGGUCCAAACUCAAUCUGCAACAACACUGUUGGGAGUUACAAUUGCUCGUGCAAGAGUGGAUAUAAUGUAACAGACCCAAACCUCCCUAUAAACAGCAAUAACACAUGCAAAGAUAUAAACGAAUGUCUGUUCAGUCCAUGUGGUCCAAAUUCCAACUGCACAAAUGAAAUGGGAAGUUACAAUUGCUCAUGUUUGGCUGGAUUCACUGCAACAAACUCGAAUCUCACCAUCAGCAUCAAUAACCCAUGUAGAGAUGUGGAUGAAUGCUUUGAGAGAUCAGACGUCUGUGGUCCAAACUCAAUCUGCAACAACACUGUUGGGAGUUACAAUUGCUCGUGCAAGAGUGGAUAUAAUGUAACAGAUCCAAACCUCCCUAUAAACAGCAAUAACACAUGCAAAGAUAUAGAUGAAUGUCAGUUCAGUCCAUGUGGUCCAAAUUCCAACUGCGCAAAUGAAAUAGGAAGGUACAAUUGCUCAUGUUUGGCUGGAUUCACUGCAACAAACUCAAAUCUCAACGUCAGCAUCAAUAACCCAUGUAGAGAUGUGGAUGAAUGUGUUGAGAGAUCAGACAUCUGUGGUCCAAACUCAAUCUGCAACAACACUGUUGGGAGUUACAAUUGCUCGUGCAAGAGUGGAUAUAAUGUAACAGAUCCAAACCUCCCUAUAAACAGCAGUAACACAUGCAAAGAUAUAGAUGAAUGUCUGUUCAGUCCAUCUGUAUGUGGUCCAAAUUCCAACUGCGCAAAUGAAAUAGGAAGGUACAAUUGCUCAUGUUUGGCUGGAUUCACUGCAACAAACUCAAAUCUCAACGUCAGCAUCAAUAACCCAUGUAGAGAUGUGGAUGAAUGUGUUGAGAGAUCAGACAUCUGUGAUCCAAACUCAAUCUGCAACAACACUGUUGGGAGUUACAAUUGCUCGUGCAAGAGUGGAUAUAAUGUAACAGAUCCAAACCUCCCUAUAAACAGCAGUAACACAUGCAAAGAUAUAGAUGAAUGUCAGUUCAGUCCAUGUGGUCCAAAUUCCAACUGCACAAAUGAAAUAGGAAGUUACAAGUGCUCAUGUUUGGAUGGAUUCACUGCAACAAACUCAAAUCUCAACGUCAGCAUCAAUAACCCAUGUAGAGAUGUGGAUGAAUGUGUUGAGAGAUCAGACAUCUGUGGUCCAAACUCAAUCUGCAACAACACUGUUGGGAGUUACAAUUGCUCAUGCAAGAGUGGAUAUAAUGUAACAGACCCAAACCUCCCUAUAAACAGCAGUAACACAUGCAAAGAUAUAGAUGAAUGUCAGUUCAGUCCAUGUGGUCCAAAUUCCAACUGCACAAAUGAAAUAGGAAGUUACAAGUGCUCAUGUUUGGAUGGAUUCACUGCAACAAACUCAAAUCUCAACGUCAGCAUCAAUAACACAUGUAGAGCUACAGAUACAACACCAACUACAACUUCUACAACUACGAACCCUACUACGACUACUACAACUACAGCACCCAAUACAACUAUAACUUCUGUAACUACAAACCCUACUACAGCAAUGCCUAUAACUAUACCACCAACAGCAAGACCAGUGAUAACGACACAAGUCUUGUUUACAGUUAAAAUGUCAAUGACAAUAAAUGAAGUUUUUGAUACCAGUCUGAACGAUCCCAAUAAUGAGAAGUUCAAACGCUAUGCUAAAGAAAUUAAGUCAGCGAUUGAAGAAAAUUACAAAACUGUGCCUACCUUCAAAGAAGAUUCAGUAAAAGUCACUGGCUUCAGGCCUGGUAGCAUUAUAGCAGACUAUGAAAUCAAGACAACAACCGAGAGCUCCGGCAACUCUGAAUUUGUAAAAGCAAACAGUCAGGUUGCCGACACUCUCAGAUCCAUGAAUUAUGCUGUAGCUGAGAAUGCUUUUGCUGAAAGUGAACAAGCAACUCUUUCCACUGCAACAAAAUUGUAUCCUCUGCAAGAUAUGAUACUCCGAUGUAAAAUCCCAAAUCCUGUUGUUGGUUCAAUGAGUUGGACAGUGGAUGACAAAGCUAUACAACAGAACGAAAAAUACUCCAUUUCACAAGAUGGUACAGUUCUCACUGUGAAAAGCAUCACUGAGGAAGACAAAGGUAGAUACGCAUGUAAAAAAGCAAGGGCAAUACCUUACAUUCAGUGGCAAGAUAUAGUUAUUGAACCACUUCCCAAUAUCAUAGUGGGUAAAAAUGAAAGACAGUUUCAGUGCAUCGAUCAGACCGUGGAACUGACAUGCUGUGAAACAAAAUAUGGUGUUGACUGGACCCCGAUUCCUUCUGGUGAUGAAGUGACACUUCCAGACAAGGGAUGCAUCACACUAAAGCAUAAAAUCAGGAGUGCAGAUUGUGGUCGUGAAACCUUUACAUGCCAACUCAAGAUCUCAGAACUGCAAAGCUUGUCUUAUGGCCAGAGGACAGUCACUAUUAAUAAAGUCAAUCAAGUACUGCCCUGUAAAAAUGAAACUCUUGGAGAUGGAAAAGAGGGUGAAGUUUUGACAGGACCCUGUGAAAAAGGCAAGGAAGGCACCAUAAUUUAUCAGUGUACAUCAGGUUCAUGGAGAGAAACGAGCAGGAACUGUAUACUUCAAGUUAUCAAAGACAUUCAAAAGCAAGUUGAGGUCUUGGUUGCACAGGACAUCCCGGUGGUUGUGAAUCAGCUCAGUACUGCUACAGUGAACAAUACACAAGAGAUAACACAGUCUCCUGUGAAUGUCCAAACAGUUGUUGAGAUACUUGUAAAAAUCGCUGGUACAGCACAAACCAUUAUCAUCGGUCAGCCUGUGAUGAAGUCUUUCCUUCAAACUGUGGAUGUCCUUGUUUCGGACUUUGCUAUUAACUCAUGGAGCAAUUUGAACAAUGACAGCAGGACAGAUAACACCAGCACUGAACUUCUGAAGGCUAUUGAGAAUAUAAGUGACCGUCUCACAGAUGGCAAUUUUUCGAUUAAUGAAAAAUCUAUUGAGUUGAAUAGAACUGUAGCAGACAGAUAUAGUGGAAUAUCAAACCUGACAAACUCAACCACUGAGAUCCUGAUACCACAGAUUUCUAAACCUACACCCAUAACCAUCAUAGUCUUCACAACUCUUGACAAUGUCCUACCUACGCGUAAUACUAGUAAUAAAAAUGACAAUAAUACAGAUGUGCGGAUCAAUGGAGAUGUGGUUGUUGUUAAGGUGAACCAAACAAUUAGCAACAUUUCUUUUGCGUUUGACAUUACUGAUCAGUCUUUGGGAAAUCCUCAGUGUGUCUUUUGGAACUUCAAUCUUGACGCAUGGGAUUCCACUGGAUGUGAAGCAAAGCCCUAUAUCAGUAAAGGGAACGAAACUGGCAAGAUUACAUGUGAAUGCAACCACACAACCUCUUUUUCAAUCCUAAUGUCACCGUUUUCCAUUAAAAACAUAGCCUUAGCCUAUAUAACUUACAUUGGUGUAGCUAUUUCAAUGGCCAGCUUGAUUUUGUGCCUCAUUAUUGAGAUUAUUGUGUGGAAGUCAAUGACAAGAAAUGACACGUCCUACAUGCGACAUGUUUCCAUAGUCAACAUUGCCGUGUCCCUGCUGAUCGCAAACAUCUGUUUUAUCAUUGGAGCCGCAAUUGCAGAACAAGAGCAGCCAACCUCAGUGGGUCGCUGCAGUCCAGUGGUUUUCUUCAUGCACUUUUUCUACCUGGCUCUUUUCUUCUGGAUGUUAAUCUCAGCUCUGUUGCUCUUUUACCGUACAGUCAUGGUCUUGUCCCAAAUGUCAAGGGCCAAAAUGAUGAUCAUUGCCUUCAUAGUCGGUUAUGGUGCACCUUUGCUCAUAGCGGCCAUUACUGUUGCGUCGACAGCUGGACCACAAAAUUAUGUCACGAAACAAGAUGCUUGCUGGCUGAACUGGCUGGAAUCUAAGGCCCUGCUGGCAUUUGUGAUUCCAGCUCUCACUAUUGUAGCCAUAAACCUUGUGGUUUUGAUUGUGGUUCUGUAUAAGAUGUUGAGGAGAGGAGUUGGUGCCACAACUCAACCAGAUGAGAAACAUGCCCUGGUGGUCAUUGCCCGAUGUGUGGCUAUAUUGACUCCCAUCUUUGGUCUAACAUGGGGAUUUGGAAUUGGAACCAUGGUGUCACGUGACUUAGGCAUUCAUGUGGUGUUUGCACUCCUCAAUUCACUGCAGGGAUUCUUUAUUUUGGUGUUUGGAACGCUUUUAGACAGCAAGAUCCGUGAGGCACUGGGAGGAAGGCUGUCACUAAGGAACCUUACCAGCUCUAACCGUACCAGGAGUACUAGUGCAGGACCAUCAUCUUCAACCGGACUGGGUUUCUUUCAAAGGAUACGUAGGAGAAAUGUGUACAACGUAUCUGAAGCCAGUGCUAUCUCAGCAGCAACAUCUUCCAGUGGCUCUGAUACUUAUGUGAAUGCAUAAUCAGCUACUUCAUUAAGCAUUAGUCUACUUUACUAAAUAUUAAACAGCCUUUAUUGAAAACUUUUCUACACUGCAAGUAUAUGUAAACUGCACUAUCUGCCUCUGAUUUCUGGGAAGAAGUGUUUCUAUGCUCUGAAGUAUUAAUAAAAAUGCAAUCUACAGAUCUAAUGUUUAAUUAAGGAUACAUUUUAUUAUAAUGCUGUGAUUUGCAUGAUUGGAUGCACUUAAUAUAAUAUAGAUCUAGAGAAAUAGCUUUGUGUUUUCUGGUGUAUUUUGGUGUAUUUGAUGUAUUAAUGUAUUCUUUGCCAUUUUAAAUCAUCAGCUUUGUUGUCCAGUUGGUGUCAUACUGUCACUACAUAUAUCAUGCUGUUCUACACUAUCUGGAUUAUUAAAAAAAUAAUAAUAAUAAUAAUAAAAUGUAUAUUGUUACAGCUA